GCACUGAGGAUGUCAGACCACCUUCUAUUAGGUGUUGUACGGAUAUAUUACAAGAAGGUUGAUUAUCUUUUCCCUGACUGACAACAUAUCAUCCUUGUUGGUUUAAGUGAGGCCUUUCAUGCCAAAAAGGAGGCUGAUUUGCUGGAUAAUUAAGACCAAGCUCCAAUUCAUGCUAUUACUCUGUCUGAGAAAUUUUACCUUGAUGCUUUGGCACUUGAUGAUGAUGAUACAUGCUACACUGAGGGGAGCCCAGAUAAUCAUCUCAGGAAUGAGGAAGAUAUCAGACUACCAGACCAAAUUCCUACUGGAGCAAAUCCUUAUAUUGCCAUAACUUUUGACAAGGAUAUGAUGGAUGUAUUGCAUUCAGAAGCAGCUCCUGAAUCAGGAGUCCAACUAAUGGAUGAGGAUGUCAUUCUUCAAUCUCUCAAUGGUGGUAAUGUCCGAAUUGAAGAACUGAGUGCAGCAGCAGCUUUUCAAGAUCCUGGUCCAACUAAUGAGACAGAACUGCCUGGCACAAGCAUGGCUUUUGGGGGCACAGGUCCAGGUGGCCAGACGAAAGUACGUAGACCAACUAUGGAUUUCUACAAGAGGCAUCCUGGCAAUGAGACAGAAGCACCUAAUAUCAUUCAUGAUGACAGUGUCACUCAAGAUUUUCCAGAUAUUGAAAUUAGGUGUGAUACAGUCCAUGAUAUUAGCAAUGGAUGCCUACCUCUAGGGCAUCCAGAUGAGAGAAAUGAUGCAAAUGAAACGAGAGUAUCUUUGGAACAUAUUUUGGAUGAUAAUGAGAUUCAUACUCCAAUUCUCAGGAGUAUGUCAAGUUCUGGAGGAGAGUCUGUACCAUUUCAUGAGCACUUUGGGUCACCAACUUCUGCUGGUUUUCAAGAGUCUCCUGGGAAUUUAUCUCGAAAUAAAUCACCUCAACUUGCCAUUCAACCCUCUCCAGCAGUACAUUGGCCAAGAAAGAGACAGAGAACACAGGGGAGGUUCUUCAAUAUGGAACUAGUCUUGUCAGGAUGAUAUGUAUGGUAUUCUUGUUUUUUGAUGCCAAAUGUUGAUUUAUAGGAAAAUGGAUAGGUCGAUGAAAAAGGCACUUGAAGAUUCUAGUGAUCUAGUACAGAAGAGAAGGAAUGUACGUGCCUCUGCUUUGGCUGUAUGGAAGUCAAAUAACAUUCUCAGAAAGGAACAAUUAUUUCAUGGGGCUUCAGUAACAGGGUUGUGUGUUGAUAUAUCUGAAAUGUUUGAGAGGGCUACACCUUUGCAAAACCCAAUUUAGCUGUACUACAGGAAGCUGUUUCAAGUCCUAGGAUUUUACAAUCUCCUGCUCCAAGCACAGAGGCUGGCGAUUUGCAGAUUCGUGCUGCUGCAACUGCAACUGCAACUGAAGCUAGCCCAGAGCAUAUGGUGGGUAGACCUCAAGUUGCAGUGCCUGAAAUUGACAGGGAAACUGAAUAUCUUCAAGAUGACCAAGGCAUGCUUACAACAAUAUUUUACAUGAUUUUGAGCCCUCCCCAUCUAGGCCAAUGUGUUCUGCAAGGGAUGAUUCAUAUCCACUAUCAAUUAACAGUUUAAGAUCAGAGACAAUACCUCGGUUACUUCCAACACCAGAUGCUGCAGCAUCCACUGGAACUCAUGGAUCUGAGUUUGAAACACCAAGGACAUUCUUGGAUGAGGGACUGGUUCUGGGAAGCACAGGUCUUUCAGAAAUUCCUGAGAUGCUGUGUUCUGCAGAAGCAAAUAGUUCCAAGCAAGUCAAGGACUAGAUUCCUUGUCUGUGAGAACCAGAGCAGUGGCUCAAUAUUUGAAGAAGCAGUCACCUAUCACUGCUAUCUCAGAAAACUCAUCUGGAGAUCUCAGUUUGAAUAAGAUCUUAGAAGGAAAAACAAGAAAAUUAUGUGCUUGAAUUUUUUAUGAGACAUUGGUUUUGAAGAGUUAUGGACUUAUUGACAUACAACAAGAAAAAGCUUAUGAAGAUAUCACUUUGAAGUUGACUGCAACUCUAUGUAAGGCCCAGAUGUAAGGUUAUUAUAUUUAUUCUGGUGCAUUGGCUUUUAUGUUUAUCGCAUAUUGGUAAUAGUCUAAGGGCCAAUUUGAGCUAGCUUUGUUUUAUUGUUGUAAAUAAUAACAUCUUGUUACUUAG